CCGGAGACCGUCCGGUGGUUUGGUUUUCGUAUCUAUCGGUGUAGGUCGCGUCGUGCUUCGUCGUUUAUCCAUCUAACUUGAUUUUUCGGUUUUGUUCGACGUUUUUUCUCCUCCUAUGAGUUUUUCCGUUGUUUUUCGAACACUUUUCGAGGUUAUAAUCGCCGAUCGAAGUUUAAACAGGGUAUAAACGUGUAAAAACAAUAUUUAUAAAAAUGAAAUGUGUUUUUAUUUGUUAGAUUAUUUAGUUUUUUGUUGUUUUCAAGGCCAACUAGUUCCGAGAGGUUACGGUAAUGUGUCUUUUUUUGUGAAUACUUAAAGGUAUUGAUACGCCAUCGUUUAUCGUGUAUCUGAAUGCAACAGCAUUCUUGCGAAGGCUUCAGUCGACCAGUGGAAUAGUGGUAACUACUCUUAGAGAGGAUUGUUUUAAAUAGUUCGUUUGGUUAAUAAGUUUCCUAAGCAUCUGUUCGACGGACCGCAUCUGCUCUCAGUGAAGGGUGUUAUUUGUUAAUGAACGUAUGAAGUGUAUAGGGUGAUUCGAUUAAUUUUUCGUGGAUAACUACAAGAAUGGGUAAUCAUCCUUCUAAUCACGUGCCUUUGGAGAGAAAUUUGAGUAAAUUUGGAGAUGUUAACGCGAGGCGGAGUCUCCGCUCCCCCCGUAAAAUGGACCGACUUCGAAGGUCUUUCAGGGACUCCUUCAGAAGACGGAAGGACCGUAUACCUGAAAGUUCGAAACCUCACCAAUGGCAAGCGGACGAAACAGCCGUUCGAUCUGGCACGUGCACUUUCGCCGUUAAAUAUAUGGGUUGUGUGGAAGUUUUCGAUUCGAGGGGGAUGCAAGUCUGCGAAGAAGCCCUCAAAGUUUUAAGGGGUUCCAGGAGAAGACCCGUUCGAGCGGUCUUGCACGUAAGCGGCGACGGACUUAGAGUUGUCGAAGAAGAAACCAAAGGCUUAAUAGUCGAUCAAACAAUAGAGAAAGUUUCGUUUUGCGCACCCGAUAGAAAUCACGAACGAGGUUUUAGUUACAUUUGCAGGGACGGUACGACGAGGAGGUGGAUGUGUCAUGGGUUUCUAGCUAUGAGGGAGAGCGGAGAAAGACUGUCGCACGCUGUCGGAUGCGCUUUUGCCGUUUGUUUGGAAAGGAAACAAAAAAGGGACAAAGAAUGCGGAGUUACGAUGAUGUUCGAUACCAAAAAUAAUACUUUCACUCGGAGCGGUUCGUUUAGACAACAAAGUUUAACGGAACGAUUAGAAAGGGAAAGGGGGAUUGACGUUGGUCCUACGAAUUCGAAACCGCCGCCUCCAGUUAAUCCAUUCGCUAUCGAACGACCCCACGCGACGCCCAGUAUGUUACAGAGACAAGGCAGUUGUAGAGGUUUCAGUACUCUGGGUGAAAGUUCUCCGUUCAAACGACAGAUGUCGCUGCGCGUCAACGAUCUCCCGAGUAAUACCGCCCGUUUGAAUUCCUACAAAUCGCCGACGUCUCCAACGGCGAACGGUAAACCGCAGGUAUCGCCGAUACCCGAAAUAUCACCGGGAGAUUCCGUAACUGCGCUCUGCCAACAGCUGAGCCAGGGUUUAAGUCAAUUGACGCACAGCGGAUCCGACGAUUUCAAUUUCAACAAUCAAAGUUCCGUUAACCAGAAUACGCUGAACGCGACCGCGAUAAACAACAGCUACAGAACGUCUCCGAACGUUUUCGCUCCCGUCACUUUGAAUUUGAGUCCUAAGAACGAGGUUAACACUACAACGAGUUCGACGUCGACGCUUCCCAAACCGGAACAAUGGUUGGAAAUGGUCAAGUCUUCCUCUCCUACGUUGGGGAAAAUGGACGGGUCCACGCCUAGACGUACACCGUCGUUUAAGACACAAUCGAGAGCGGUGUCUUUAGAUACAGGAUCGGACUCGUUCCAAAGUACCAAAGCGGAUCCUUUCGAUGCCGAAUGGGCCGAACUGGCAGCUAGACAAGCGACUAACAGUACUAACCCUUUUUUGUCAACCAGUACUACUCCUAAAGCGUUUCAGAUACAACUUUAGUCUUUUGAUUUUUUUUUUUGUUACGGUGGAUCUUGGAAGUAUUUUCUGGAUCUGUGUGUUUUGUUAAAUGGUGAAUUUUUUUUGUUGAUUUUUACGUAUAUAUCUUUUUUUAUUUAUAUCGUGUCGUAGAAAAAAUAUAGUUCGGUGAAAUUAUACUUAACGGAACAGUUAAUUGUUCCGAAAAGUAUAAUUUCUACUGUAUCUUUCAAAGAUGUGAUUCAUUCCAAUAUCGAGGGGUGCCGAAAAGGGAAAUGGUAUAAGGGUGGUUGGAAAUUUUUGCCAGGACUAGUCUGUGCAAUGUGUACAUAGUGAGGGGGUGAGUUAAAACGAAAUGCUUCUGGAACAGUUUUUUUUAUUUGAAAUUAUUUGUUCAAAAUUAUAUUUUGGUCCAUUUUUCAGUUCGGUGGUUACGAAAAAAAAAAUUAGAAAGUCUCUACUUUAUCAAUUGAGUUUACAUCGACAUUAUAUUUGUGAAAAUUCGUUUAUUAAUUGAAAAGUACUUCGAAUUACAGUAGUACCAACUCUCAAACGCUAAUUAUUUUUUAUUUAAAGAUCAUAAUUUCGAAACUGUUACUUAUUAUGUUCGUAACCGUGAUAAAUAGGUUUAAAUACUUCAUUUUUUUUUAUUGAAAAGCGCCUGGUACUCUCAAAAUCAUAGCAGUACCACUUGACAACAUCCAUUUUUUCAUUGUAGCAUCUUCAACUUCACUUUCUUAAAAGGAAAUGACAAACUGUCACUUGCCAAUUUUAUAACAGUGAUUAUAGUUCAUAUUUUCCACUUUUUUACUGCAAAGUACCACGUUUUAUCAAAAUUACAGUAGUACUACUACUUAAAAUUCUAUUACUUCAAUAAAAAAUCUUCAUCUUUACAAUUUUUAUAAACAAAAGAUAAAAUGUUACUUACAAAUUUGGUAACUGUGAUAAAUGGGGUCGUGUACUUAAUUUUUUCAUUAAAAAGUACCAAGCAACCUUGAAAUUACACUAGUACCAUUCAACGUACUCCAAUUCUUUACAAAUUCCUAUGAAAAUGACAAAAUGUCAGUCAUUACGUCGGUAGCAGUGAUAAAUGAGAUUAUAUAAUUCGAUGUUUCAUUCAAAGUACCACUUAUCCUUGAAAUAACAGUAGUACCAUAUCAUAAAGACUAAUUAUUUAAUUUGCAGGUGCGAAUCUCAACAUAUCUAAAAGGAACAUACGAAAUUUCGUUGGCAACAGUAGCGAAUGAGGUUAUGUACUUAAUUUUUUCAUUUAAAAGUACAGUUUUUCGAAUUAUUACACUAGUACUGCUUCUCGAAGUCCAAUUCUUAUAUUUGAAGAUGAAAUUUUCACAGAUUUCAAUGAAAACGGCAAAUUGUCACUUAAUAUGAAAGUAAAAGUGAUACACGAGUUUAUAUACCUCAUCUUUUUCAUUAAUAAGUACCACGUUCUAUCAGUAUUACAGUGGUACCACUUUUCGAAGUACAAUUUAAUCAUUUGAGAAGACUAAUCGGUACAAAUUUGGAAAAAAUGACUUUUUACGUUCACCUAAUUAAAUACAAAAUAACUUAAUCCUUCAACAUUCCAGUAGUACCACACCAUAUUGCCCAAUUUUAGAGAAAAACUUAUCAAGUUGGCAACAGUGCUUAAUGAGGUUAUGUACUCCACUUUUUCAUUGAAAAGUACCACGUGAUCAUGAAAACUGUGAUGAAAAUAAAUUUAUUCAUAAAUAUAAGUCGAUGUAUAGUGAAUUCAAGUUUUUUUUGCAAGAUUUAGUUUUGAAUAAUUUUAAUGUACUUAAAAAUUAUUUUUUUUUUGCUUGAAAGGUUGUAAAUCUCAGGAUACAUACAACAUCAAAAAAUGACUUAAUCUACGCUUAAACUAGAUCCUUUUUUAUAAAAUAAAUUUAUAAAAUUGAAAAAAAAAUAACUAUAUUCACUCAUAUAUAAUCUCACACCUACGAUUUUUUGAAAAAUGCACAAUUACUAUACUAAGUACUUAAAACGAAUUAAGUAGAGCUCUAAAAAAACCGACCCUGACCUGGUCAAUUUAUAUAAAUAGAUUUUUACAGUGUGAUACAUUUAAAAACAAAGUAAUAACAUUUGAAUUUUGUUUAAAUAACUAUUUUUUCAUUAAAAUUAUUGUAUACUAAGAAAAAUACAAUAUCAACAAACAAAUCAAAACAAAAUGUACAAUUUUAACGUGUGACGUCACUUGAAAUACAAAAUUUAACUCUUUUAUUUCUUAAACCGACCCUGCACACCAAAAAAAAUUAAUUUUAUAUGAAAAUUAUUGUAUAAUAAGAAAAAUACAAUAUCAACAAACAAAUCAAGACAAUGAAGUACAAUUUCAACGCGUUAAAUCAGUUGAAUUACAAAAUUUUAAUUUCUCGUUUCUUAAACCGACCCUGUUCACUACAAAUAAUUAUUUUUUGAUGAAAAUUAUUGUACAAUGAGAAAAAUACAAUAUUAACGAACAAAUUGAAACAAAAAAAUAUAAUUCCAACGUGUUAUGUCACUUGAAAUCCAAAAUUUUAGACUCUUAUUUCUUAAACCGACCCUGCACACCACAAAAAAUUGGUUUUUGAUGAGAAUUAUUGAAUAAUAAGAAAAAUACAAUAUCAACAAACAAAUCAAGACAAUGAAGUACAAUUCCGACGUGUUAAAUCAGUUGAAUUACAAAAUUUUAAUUUCUCGUUUCUUAAACCGACCCUGUUCACUACAAAUAAUUAUUUUUUGAUGAAAAUUAUUGUACAAUGAGAAAAAUACAAUAUUAACGAACAAAUUGAAACAAAAAAAUAUAAUUCCAACGUGUUAUGUCACUUGAAAUCCAAAAUGUUAGACUCUUAUUUCUUAAACCGACCCUGCACACACCGCACACGUGACAUUUGUCUACCAACUGUAGUUUGAGCAGUGGUUAGGAGACGAAAUUGAUGACCGGAAAAUUGAAUGUGAGUUUAUACGAAUGAUCUUAUAUGUUUUCUUAUUCUUUUUCAAUUUUUUUUUAUUUUAACAACUUAACGAAAUGAUAAACACCAUUCAAAUUAAAAGAUUUAUUUUUAGAGUAACUAUUCCGGAAUUGUUGAUAUUACAUUCCAUUUUAAAUGCCUCACACUGUAUUUAGUACAAGGCUGACGAAAUUAUAUCAUUGUAGCACUUCUACUUAAAAAUGUAUACCAGUUACUUAAUUUACAAUUUUUAGGUUAUAUCAUAUUUUAAAAUUUUCGGUUUUAUUAGUUUCUUCUUCAGUUUUCCUUUCAAUGUUUGAAAAAAAAAUGUUCAUGCAUAUCUGACUUUUUUAUAAAUAAUAUAUAGUGAAAGAAAAAUUAAUGCUGUUUAUAGUAUACAGGUUGUCCCAAGUUAUCAUAAAAAGGCGAUAUCUCGUUUAUCUGAUAAGAUAAUUAAAAAAUGAAAAAACUUAUUUUUAAAAUUAUCAAUCCAGUAUAUUUGAGAGAAUGUUUUUUUCUAAAAUUAUGCAUUUAUGUAAAAAUCAUUCCAUUUUUUUAUAUUUUUAUAUAAGUUUUUGAAAGAAAAUUAAAUUUAUUCAAUAUAUACAGGUAUAGGUAAUGAAACAGUAAGUUUUUCUUGAACAAAUUAAUAAAUAAAAAACAAAAAUUUUCAUUUUUUGUUAAUUAUAUCCCCAAAAUGGCGUCUAUUCUAUUACCAACCCCUUGUAGAUGUUAUUUUCCUAAAGUUUCCAAAAAAUACAAAACAAAAUAUAUGGAUACACUUGAAAAAUAAAAAGUCACUAGUAUGUGUAUGGUGGAAAUAAAUCGAAAGUGAAUUAAUUAGCAGUAAACUGGUAAAUUAGGCCACUUCAUCUGAUAUCUGGUGUUUUUAUUUCAAUUUUCACCUGUUUCUCUCAUUAAGUUUUGUUCUACCUCAUCCUCAACCUUUUUUUAUGGUUUCCAACCCCUCUAUCUUUCUACUUCUCCUCUAUAGAUCUUUAUUGCUGACAAUCAUUUUCUAAAGAUGUCUCUGGCCUUGUAUUACCAAUUUUCAACUCCCUUUCUAUUAAGGUCUUGUUCUACCCCAUCUAAACACUUUUCCUUGGGGCUUUUAAUCACUCUUUUUCUCUCCACUUCUCCUCAAUAGAUCGUUGUUGCUUUUUCUUCAUUAAUUCGACCCAGAUUACCUCUGGACUUGUUUCUCCAAUGUUUGAUCUCUUUAGAUCUUGUUCUAUUCCAUCCUAAUCACAUUUUCCGGAGCUUCUGAAGCUUUCAGUUUCCGUUUACCCUUCUUCAUUGAUCUUUAUUUAUUCAUUCACACUGUUAUUGAUUAAUUGCCAACAGUCAGCAUACCUCUUAUCUCUUUAAUAUUUAUCAUAUUUUAGUUAAAAAAUGCAAAAAACUAGAUUUUACCUAAACCUACAAUGGUACAUAGGAAAUUUUUUUAACCUACCAGAUAUUUCUUAGUUUCCUCAUAUAGUCAAUUCCUUCUGAAUUAAUUCUUUGUUUUAUAACAAAAUAGUAAUUUAUACCUUGAAUAUAUACAGGGUUAACUAUUGAAAGUGACAUUAAAUCUAUCAUUUCCAUUACUUUGUAUGUUAUAAGGAACAAAGUUUAUAACUUUGUUACUAAAAUUUGUUAUUAACUGUAUUAGAAAAAAUUGUUUUACUUUUUGGCAAAUGUUUAAAAAGGAUAAAUAUUACCAUCAAAAAACGAGAAUUCGAAGUGUUACAUUAUAAGAGAAAUUUAUAUUAGUUCUAGAGAUUCUUCUGCAAAUGUUAAAGAAAUAACGAAAGCUAUUUUAUUGUAUUUAUUUUGAUUUAUAUGUAUUAGAGCACGGCUAUUGCUCUACAUAUGGCACAUGUACUUAUAUAUAUACAUAUUAUACACACAUCUGUAUUAUACAAUUUAUUAAUAUUUUUUUCCUGUAAUAUAGUAAUAAAUAAGUAUUGUCUGUUAGAAAAA